GGGAUGUCUUUGUGGGAGGGAGAAGGAAAGGGAAUAACGUCCUGAAGAAAAGAGACUGAAUGAGCGUUUGGGAAGCUGGGCUGCCCCGGGAAAGGAACCAGUCUUUCAAAAACUUCUUCUUUGCGCCCGUAAAGUUUCCUGACUUCGCUUUCAGGUGUACCAUGACUAAGGGAAGCUGCUUCAGCGCGGUGUAGCCGUUUGGGAUGACCGAAGUGUUAACUUGCCUCAAAGAGCAGGAGGAACAAGCAAAAGAAGAAAUAGUGCGAAGAGGAGGGACAACAUCUGCUCCGAAAAGAUAAGAUCAGCAGUCCAUCUGUAACCUAACUGACCUUUCUGUUUGAGGAAAAAGGAAUUUAAACUCCCCAGGAGAAGUGCUCGGUCUCUUGAACCUUUAAGGAGUGUUUUUUAAGUUGGUGUUUACCUUCUUCAAGCGAACACCAUGUGUCAUGUUAUUGUAACAUGCCGCUCCAUGCUGUGGACCCUGCUCAGCAUCGUGGUGGCCUUUGCCGAGCUCAUUGCCUUCAUGAGCCCUGAUUGGCUGCUGGGUUCCCCUCGGUCAGACAGUGCAAACGGGGUGGGAGCAGACCUCAGGGAGUACCGGCCGUCCCUCGGCCUCUACAGUCGCUGCCUUCAUGUCGGGAUCCAGGGAGUCGGGGAGAGCUGUGGGCCUUAUGCUGGGACCUUUGGGGAAGUGGCCAGUGGUUUCUGGCAGGCUGCCAUGUUGUUUCUGGCAGCAGGGACUUUAGUGCUGGGGUGUGUGGCUUGUGUCUCCAUCUUCAGCUUGUGCUUUCAGAGCAUCCUGAAGAAGAGCAUAUUCAACAUCUGUGGACUGCUGCAGGGUAUUGCAGGGCUGUUGCUGAUGGUGGGCCUCAUGCUGUACCCUGCUGGUUGGGGUUCAGAGAAGGUGAUCUCCUACUGUGGCCCCGAGGCCUCACCCUUCAGGCCGUCUCUGUGUUCACUUGGCUGGGCGUUCUAUGCAGCGAUAGGAGGAACUCUUACUACUUUCCUAUGUGCUAUCCUGUCUGCACAGGCUGAGAUUGCCACCUCCAGUGAUAAGGUCCAAGAGGAGAUUGAGGAGGGGAAAAGUCUUAUCUGCCUGUUGUAAGCCAUGAGAACCCCCAGGAAACAGUAGAAAAUCACUCUUGAUGUACUAUCACGGAUGUGGGCACCUGUACAAUUCAGUGGAAGGAGGAUAGAGACUUAUCUGAGGGUUUUUCCACUUGAUGAUCUGUUUAAAAGAUUGUUAAAAAGAAAGUCCUGAUAGAAAGGGCAAAAUAUUCACCUGAUUUUUUUUGUACAUCCUAAACUGUUAAAAAGCUGCAGGAACAGCAGCACAUAGAGGGGCAUGUUUAGAUUGUGUGUGUGUUUUUUACUAACAAAUAACUGUUUAUUUUUAUACAAUUUGUUGCCUGAAAUAAACCACUGUACUAGAAAAUUAAUGAAAGAAAUCGGUAGUGAAUGUUAAGUGUUAUGAUGGAAAAGUUAAACACUGCCAGUUGGAUUUUGUAUAUGUUUGUCACGUCAUCAUGAUGUUUAUUCACACAGUUCACCUGCAAAUCCAAACAAACCACUAACCACAAGCACAUUGCCUCCUAAAACACCCAACACCUGCUUGUGAUUAGAUGCUAACUGUUGAGGUUUCCAAAUAUGCAUGUUCUCGUAUUCUGCUACACAGCAGGACAGUAAGAGUCUCUCGCUAACUUUAAAUGGACCACUGAAGGCUCACACCGAAAGGAGUUCCUUCUGUAAAAAGGGGCUGUUUGUGGGUGCAUCUCAGCAGUGUGCAGAAAAAACAGACUUCUGCCAGAUGUUUGCCUCUACAGGCUUGUAUGCGAGGAUGUUUUCUUGCAUGGCAUUGCCAUUUAAGCUUUUGCUACAUACAUCUAGAAACUUUUUAGUUUUGUCAACUUGGUAUACUUUUAACUUUUUGUCAGGACUAAUUAAGGUUUAAUUUUGGUACUACUUGCAUGGUCAAAUAGCACCUCAUAUUUUGUUUUGCACUUUGUCUUAAUUUUGUAUUGCUGCAUAUUUAAGUCUUUUUUUCUUUCCUCUAUGCUCCAUAUGUCACUGUAAAUUUUAGGAUUGAUGCGAUUCUGUGCUUUUGUUUCUUGUAGAUGAGUUGUGCAAUAAUUACAAUUUAGUGUUUUGGUGUGAGAGUAAGUGGACAAAAGAUGUCUUCAAAGUGAAAUACUGACAUGGAUUUGUAUCAAAAAGUAUUUUAUUGUCUAUGAAUUUCAAAGUUUACUGUCUAAUAUUUUUGUUACAUUAACAAGAGUAACAGCAUGGUUGACACAAUAAAUGAUGCCUUGUGUAUGAGAGGCUGAUAUGUGUGAGGAAUGAUCUGUACUUAAAUGUCCCAUGUUGUCUUUAAGUAAAUUGAUAUGGUAAAUGUGA